AUGACUUUAACAAUGACCGAACUCAUUGCCAAGAAUAUCAACGAUCCAACACUUAAGGAUUGGGCAAUGCCAUCAUUCACAACCACCACCUACACUGAUAGAAUCGUUGGAGCUGUCUGCUUAAUGGCUACAAUGAAAAAACUGGAAGUCAAUUCAAAAGACAAAGUACAACGUUUGAACGAAUUUGACCUGCAAGAGAAAUUGAUGAGUAAAUGGACAACUAUGCUCAACCCAAUCAUCGAUCAAUUCAUAGCUUCCGUAGAAGGAAAGGCUGAUACUGAGUGGUGGAAUCGUAUUGCUAAUCAUGUUGGUGGUGGAUCCGGUCCAACCUGGUUGAGCGGUUGGAUCACUGUUUUCUCAUGUUUCGCUGAAGAUGGUGAAUGGCGUGGUGACGAUAAGGAGAAACAUGGAUUCAGAACCAAGGGUGAAUUGGUUUCAGAAUGGCCACUCAUUGACACUGAAGAAAUUGCACACGGAUAUGUAGUAUUGGACGUUAAGAUUGAUGAUAAUGGUACCAUGUACGAUGCUCAGCUCUUUGGUGGUCACUACACUGUUAAGCUUGCCGAUGAAAAGUCAACCAUCGUCCCACAGCUCAACUGGUGUAUGAUGGUAAAAGAAUCUGAUCUCCCAGCUUUAAAGAAAAACUAA